GUCGCUUCUGGCCGCAUGUCACUCAAUCCUGGCGAAGGGUGUCAUUUAAGGGUUACGAGGUUAAGUUUCUGCGAAGGAAGAGUAUAGUUUUUACGGAGAACGGGAUCCAAGCUCAUUAAGCGGGAUAUAAAACGUUUGUGUUCGUUGAUGUUGUACCUUGGUCGGUUCUUUGUAGCUUGACGAUGAGCGAGCUUGUGUGGGAAAGCAUCCCGAGCCAAGGUCAUGAUGGCAUGACUACGUUGCCGAAGUUGCUUCAGUGAAGGGGUGUGAAGUAGCUUUCUGUGGAAGCGCAUUUUUCAGUUUAGCACUGGUUUUUGAAGGGAACGCUUUCUGUGUCGGUUGAAGAUGGAGGAAAUAACAGAAGGGGUGGCUGAUAUGAGCGUGUAUGAUGCGCACAAGAAGAACCGGAUUCAAGUUUCGAACACCAAGAAACCAUUAUUCUUUUAUGUCAACCUUGCGAAGAGAUAUAUGCAACAGCAUGAAGAAGUGGAAUUGUCAGCCUUGGGAAUGGCAAUUGCUACGGUGGUCACGGUGGCUGAGAUACUAAAGAACAACGGUUUGGCAAUCGAGAAGAGAAUUCUAACCUCAACGGUGGACAUGAAAGAUGAGACCAGGGGUCGGCCCAUUCAAAAAGCUAAGGUCGAGAUUAUUCUGGGAAAGUCGGAACACUUCGAUGAGUUGAUGGCCGCUGCAGCAGAAGAGCGAGAGUUAGCUCCUGAGGAGGAUCAGGUUGGCCCCUGACGUAGACUUCCCUGUAGUUAGGUGUAGAGUAGACAGUGGCUCACAUCUCCCUCCAUACAUUGUACAUGUCGAUUUUGACAGCUUCAAAGUUCAAUGAAAUCUUUGAUGCCCUUGAGCACAUCGGACAAUUUUGCCAGGGUGAUUAUACGA